UUUAAUUUUGAAUUACAGAUCGAGUUUCUCAUUCCCUCCUCUCUGAACAUUCACGAAGCACCCGAUGAAUCUUCACUAAUCUCUAUAACGAAAUCACUUCGCGAGAGCACCAAAGAUGCAAGAUAUCCUCGGAUCGGUUCGCCGAUCGUUAGUUUUCCGGUCGUCUUUAGCCGGAGACGACGGAGGAGGAGGAGGAGGAGGACUCAGCGGAUUCGUCGGGAAGAUCAACUCCAGCAUCCGCAGCUCUCGGAUCGGACUCUUCAGCAAGACGCCUCCUGGUCUCCCCGCUCCGCCGAGAAAGGAGGAAGCCCCGGCGAUUCGGUGGAGAAAAGGGGAGUUAAUCGGCUGCGGCGCUUUCGGGAGGGUUUACAUGGGGAUGAACCUCGAUUCCGGCGAGCUUCUCGCGAUUAAACAGGUUUUAAUCGCUCCGAAUAAUGCGAAGGAGAAGACUCAGGGGCACAUUCGAGAGAUUGAGGAAGAAGUACGACUUCUCAAGAAUCUUUCACAUCCAAACAUUGUUAGAUACUUGGGUACAGUAAGGGAGAGUGAUUCGUUGAAUAUCUUGAUGGAGUUUGUUCCCGGUGGUUCUAUAUCAUCUUUGCUGGAGAAGUUUGGGUCUUUUCCUGAACCUGUGAUAAUAAUGUACACAAAGCAACUUUUGCUUGGUUUGGAGUAUCUUCACAAGAAUGGGAUCAUGCAUAGAGAUAUCAAGGGGGCUAAUAUUUUGGUCGAUAACAAAGGGUGCAUCAGGCUCGCAGAUUUUGGUGCUUCCAAGAAAGUUGUAGAGCUAGCUACUGUAAAUGGUGCCAAAUCUAUGAAGGGAACGCCGUAUUGGAUGGCUCCUGAAGUCAUUCUCCAGACUGGUCACAGCUUCUCUGCUGAUAUAUGGAGUGUUGGGUGCACUGUGAUCGAGAUGGCUACAGGGAAACCUCCCUGGAGCGAGCAGUAUCAGCAGUUUGCCGCUGUACUUCAUAUUGGUAGAACAAAAGCACAUCCACCAAUUCCAGAAGACCUCUCACCAGAGGCUAAAGACUUUCUACUGAAAUGCUUACACAAGGAACCAAGCUUGAGACUCUCUGCAUCCGAAUUGCUUCAGCAUCCCUUUGUAACUGGAGAGCACAUGGAAUCUCAUCUAGCGUUCCAUAAAUCGUUUACGGAAUGCGAAAACCCAAUAGCCACACAAGGAAAUAGUGUCAGGAGUUCAAUAAACUCUUUGAUGAGGAGGUCAACCUGUUCAGGCUUGAAGGAUGUAUGUGAACUCGGAAGCUUGAGGAGUUCCCUUAUACACCCAGAGAAAUCAAAUAACUCAGGAUUUGGUUGGCGAGAUGGCGACUCUGAUGACCUUUGUCAGAUCGAUAUGGAUGAUCUCUGCAACAUUUCAUCAGUCAGCAACAAUGUUUUGUCACAGUCCACAGAUUUAAACAAGAGUUUUAAUCCCAUGUGUGAUUCCACGGAUAACUGGCCAUGCAAGUUUGACGAAAGCUCAGAAGUGAUGAGAAGUAAAUCUAACAUGCUUUCUUACCAAGCUGCUGAACUCAAAUCUGGUGUUCCAUGUGAUGAGGAAACCAGCUUAACACUUGCUGGUAGCUCUUCCGUGGCAGAGGAUGAUUAUAAAGCCACAGAGUUGAAAAUAAAAUCAUUUUUGGAUGAGAAGGCUCAAGAUUUGAAAAGGUUGCAGACCCCUCUGCUUGAAGAAUUCCACAACGCUAUGAAUCCAGGGAUACCACAAGGUGCACUUGGAGACACCACCAACAACUACAAGUUACCAAACCUACCAACUAUAAGCAAGUCACCUAAACGACUUCCGAGCAGACGGCUCUCAGCUAUCAGUGAUGCAAUGCCCAGCCCAUUCAAAAGCUCAAAACGUACACUGAACACAAGCAGAGUGAUGCAGCCAGGAACGGAGCCAACUCAAGUCAACGAGUCAUCCAAGAAGGCAGUAAAUAAUAGCCGUUGUUUUUCAGAGAUACGACGGGAGUGGGAAGAAGAACUCUAUGAAGAGCUUGAAAGGCAUCGAGAGAAUCUGAGACAUGGUGGUGCAGGAGGGAAGUCUCCAUUAUCAGCUCAUAAAGGAUAAGAGAGAACGGUUAAGAGAAGCAUUGUAUGUUUCUCUCUUUUGUAAACCCAAUAUCACUCUGUUCCUUUUUUGUACUGUUUUUUUUUUUUUUGGUGGGGUGGUUUUCAUCACUAUUAUUACAUUUGAUCUAUAUAUGUAGUUAGUUCUUAAAUGAUCAAAAAUAAUUUAUUCUAGUUA